GUCAGUGUGUGAGAGCAGGAAAAUGGCAGAGGCUCGCAUAUCAGUAGAUCACUUUUCAGCAGAUCAGCUGUCCAGUGUGUCUGAAUCUCCUGAAGGAUCCGGUGGCUAUCUCCUGUGGUCACAGUUUCUGUAUGGUGUGUAUCAAUGGCUGCUGGGAUCAGGAGGAUGAGAAGGGCGUCUAGAGCUGUCCUCAGUGCAGAGACACUUUCACUCUGAGGCCAGUUUUAUGCAGAAACAACAUGCUGGCUGAGAAAAUUGAUGUAGAGUGUGAUUACUCCACUGGGAAAAAAGGCAUCAAAUCCUGUCUGAUGUGUCUGACCUCCUUAUGUGAAACUCAUCUUGAACCUCAUCUUGAAUUUUCUGCUUUAAAAAAUCACACCUUAAUUGAAGCCUCUUCAAGACUCCAAGAGAUUUGCUCUCAACACGAUGAAGUUCUCAGGAUCUACUGUCGUACUGACCAAAUGUAUCACUAUCAGCAGAGAGAACAGAGAAACAGAAUGAGCUGAAGGGUGAGAAGAUGAAAUCCCAGCAGAGAAUCCAGGAGAAGCAGAAGAAGGUGACUGAGCUGCUCCUAGAAACACACACAACAUGAACAACCAGUCACAGUAAGAAAGGAAAGUGUGUGUAUGCUUCUUAACAGUCUCGUGCUCAGACAGCAGUUGAGGACAGAGAGAUGAUCUUUACUGAGAUGAUUAGCUCCAUGGAGAAAAAGCGCUCUGAAGUGAUAGAGCUGAUCAGAGCUCAGGGGAAGGCUGAACUGAAUCGAGUUGAACAACUCCUGAAGCAACUGGAGCUGGAGAUCACUGAUCUUAAGAAGAGAGUUACUGAGCUGGAGCAGCUUUCACACAUAGGAUCACAUGCAUUUCCUCCAGGGAGCCAGUGCCUAUCUCAGACAUCAUCGGGCAUCAAGGCAGGAUACACCCUGGACGGAGUGCCAACCCAUUGCAGGGCACAGACCACAAAGGGUCAACAGUCAAAGCAGGGAACUGGAGCCAACAACAGAGGCAGAGGAGUUUCCAGUCUCUCUGUGUCUCUUCUGAUCAUGAGGAUUCACCCAGCAUCACUGUCCAUCAGCAUCUCUCAUUUGAUGGAGUGAGGAAUUCUCUCUCAGAUCUGAAAAAGCAAUUCAAGGAAUUCUGCGAGGAGGAAUUCAACAAAGUCCAUCCACAUGGUACGAGGAGCUGUUCCUGCUGGAGAAACACCAUGAUGGAAGUCUUUAUUGGCUCAGGAUAUAUUCACAAGAUACACAGAAAUAACUAAAACAUUCACUUUAAACUGUUUCCAUCUUUUACAGAAGAUGAUUCAUUUUUGUCUUUCAGAGCCUAAGAGCAGGGAAGAUUUUCUGAAACGUAUGUCAAAACACACACACACACACACACACACACCAAACAAAUAUUAACAUAAUCACAUUUUUCUGUUUUGUUUUUCUCUUUUAUAUUAGAUUUCUGUUAUCUGACUCUGGAUCCAAACACAGCAUAUCAUUACCUCCAUCUGGCAGAGUGGUGAGAUGGAGUUAGGAAAAGCUGUACUCUGAUCAUCCAGAUGUAUUUGACUCCUGUAGCCAGGUGUUGUGUAGAGUUUGUGUGGAAGCUGUUGCUGGGAGGUGGAGUGGAGUGUGUCUGUCUCAGUCUCAUAUAAAGAGAUCAGGAGGAAAGGAAAUGGAAAUUCAAUUCAAUUUUUUCAAUUCAAUUUAUUUGUAUAGCACUUUUAACAAAGAGCAUUGUCUCAAAGCAGCUUUACAUGAGAAACAACAUAAGAAAACAACAAACAUAAACAGACAAACAGACAAACAGUCCUAGAUGUUAUCCCAAGUGAGCAAGCCUGAGGUGACUGAGGCGACUGUGGCAAGGAAAAACUCCCUUAGAUGGUAUGAGGAAGAAACCUUGAGAGGAACCAGACUCAAAAGGGAACCCAUCCUCAUUUGGGUGACAAUUGUGUGAUGCAGAUACAGCAUGUGUAGAAUGUUAUGUAAAUCAAUAAGGAGGUUGCUGUCCACAGUGCUGCUUUGAAUACCCCAAUGGAACAGCAUUAGCAUAGCUGCUGUUCAUAAUAUUAGCAGUACUAGAUGAUAAUGUGCAUUUAAUCAGAUGUACUGGAGCACAAGAUUAUGGGAUGUGUUAAAUGUAUGCCAGGCUAAAGAGAUAAGUCUUUAAACUGGGAGACUGUGUCUGAGCCCCGAACACUGUCAGGAAGGCUAUUCCAAAGUUUAGGAGCUAAAUAUGAAAAUGCUCUACCCCCUUUUGUGGACUUUGAUAUUCUGGGAACUACUAGAUGUCUGGAAUUUUGUGGUCUUAAAGAGCGUGGUGGAUUGUAACGUGUUAGAAGACUGGCUAGAUACAUGGGAGCUAAACCAUUUUAGAGCCUUGAACGUCAGUGCUAAUUUAUAGUCAAUUCUAAGUUUUACAGGUAGCCAGUGCAGGGAUGAUAAUAUUGGGGUUAUAUGAUCAUAUUUUCAUGACCUGGUAAGAACUCUGGUAAGACCUGGUAAAUCCUGGAGUCUGUAUUGUUCUUCUUCCCUUCUCUCUUUCUAUCACAAUGACAUGGAAACUGAGUUCCAUCAUCCUCCAGAAUAGGAGUGUAUAUGAAUCACAGUGCAGGAUGUCUGUCCUUCUACAGUGUCUCUGACACGAUGAGACUCAUCAACAGUGUCCAAACCACAUUCACUCAGCCUCUACACUGGGUUUUGGGUUUAUGAAGGAACUGUGAGAUUUGUUACAGUACAAUGUGAGAGAUGUUACAGUAGAUAUAAAAUUCCUGCUCUUUUUCUCAUUGAUCCUCAAAUGUGAUGAAACUUCAACAUUUAAACAGUAAAUAUUAAAACACUGGGUUCAUCAGCUACACUUUUGUACACAAUAAAACAAUUAAAAAGGUAAAUUAAAAACACUUUCUUUACCUCUGCUGUGUGUAAAUUAAAGUGAAUUAACUGUAUGAAUUAAAUCAUCACAAAUCUUAUAUAAAAAUUUGGAUAAU